AUGAGCAUCAGCUCGCUGUCACGCCCCAAUAAAGCCACGCGCCCGCUUCAGAGCCCGACACAGAGCGCGCGACCCGAUCGCCCAAGACCUACAAGAAGUCCCUUCGCGACCCACACGGUAGUCACCGUCCUUGUUCUGCUGCUAGCGCUGGGUACCGGUUUCUUCGCACCCCACUUCUCCAACGCCGUCUUACGCACUGUUAUCAACAAACAAGUUCCCUCCUUCACAAUCCGGAAUCCAAUCGUCCUCCAGGAACCGAGUAUUUGCCCGAAGCCUGAGCAGCAGGUCGAGUUCGUCGGUACCUUCAACACCCCACACAAGCGCAGCAUGACACUCAAAGACCAGGCGAAGCGCGUCGCCGCGGAGUUCGACUUCGACGACAAUGCCGUCAACAAGGCCGUCAAGGAGUUUAUUCGGGAGAUGGACGAGGGUCUAGAGAAGGAAGGCACUGAGAUGAGCCAGAUCCCGACAUACGUCACUGCCGUCCCCAAUGGCACGGAAAAGGGCCUCUACAUGGCCGUCGAUCUCGGCGGUACGAACUUCCGCGUCUGCUCUAUCGAGCUCCACGGCAACACUACCUUCUCCCUCACCCAAAGCAAGGUAGCCAUCCCGCGCGAGCUGAUGGUCGCGAAGACAUCAAAAGAGCUCUUCUCCUUCCUCGCGAAACAGAUCGAAGCCUUCCUCAAACUGCACCACGAAGAACACUACGCUGGGACACUCAGGCGCAGAGAGGGGAAGCCAGGUGAGCCAGAGGAUGAGGAGAUAUUCAACCUGGGCUUUACCUUCUCAUUCCCUGUACACCAGAUCGGAAUCAACAAGGGUAUGCUGAUGCGCUGGACAAAGGGCUUCGACAUUCAAGAUGCGGUUGGCAAGGAUGUAUGCGCUCUGCUUCAGCAAGAGAUUGACGAGCUCCACCUCCCUGUCAAGGUGGCUGCGUUGGUAAACGACACUGUCGGAACCCUCAUGGCGCGCUCAUACACUUCGCCCGGCAAGACUGGCACAUUACUGGGUGCCAUCUUUGGAACUGGUACCAACGGAGCCUACGUUGAGAAGCUGGACAAGGUCAAGAAGAUGUCAAAGGACACCAGCGAUGGCGCAUACGACAAGUCAACCGGGGAGAUGAUCGUCAACACUGAGUGGGGCUCGUUUGACAAUUCUCUCCGCACUCUGCCCAACAGCCCCUACGACGUUCAGCUUGACAAGGACUCUGUGAACCCUGGAAUCCAAAUGUUCGAAAAGCGCGUGUCGGGCAUGUUCUUGGGAGAGCUUCUACGUCUUGCCCUGCUCAAGCUCAUCAAGGACCCCAAUGUUCCGCUUUUCACUGACGACAACUCGUCUUCAAACGAUGUCCACAGCACCACUCAAAUUCACGACGAUAGCCCGAUAUGGAAGCAGUGGGGUCUCGACACUAGCUUGCUCAGCGUGUGCGCUGGCGAUGACAAGCCUGGCAACCAGAUGCUCCGACAGGAACUUGAUAAGUAUAAAAUCUCCGCCGUCAGCCGUGAGGACGCAGAAGCAGUCCGCGAAAUCGCUGGAGCGAUCGGUCGCCGCGCGGCGCGUCUUGCUGCCGUCGCCAUCGCCGGUAUUGUCAUCAACACAGGUCGUCUGGACAAGUCCUCGGGAUCAGCUACCACAGAGCAAAAGUCAGGCAUUGAGCCUGCACGUGGGGAUGUCGAAGCCACCGAAGGUGACGAGAUCGAUGUCGGUGUCGAUGGCUCGCUCGUUGAAUUUUACCCCAACUUUGAGAAGUACAUCCGUGAGGCGCUACGUGCGGUGCCCGAAAUCGGUGCAAAGGGCGAGAAGAGAGUCAGGAUCGGUAUCGCGAAGGAUGGAUCCGGUGUUGGUGCCGCGCUCAUUGCGCUUGUUGCUGGAAAGGUCAACGCGCCACAGUAA